GCACCUUUAGAAGCAGGUGUCUCCUAUUGCGAAAGGGUUUUAGUUGAGUCGCACUUUUGGACUGUUGUUUCAUCGUUUGCUGGUGAAGUCAGAAUUGCUGUUAUUUCUUCAUUUGCAGUUCGCUCUUUUGUGGAGCUAUUGUUUGCUAGUGAUCUGGUAUCACCUAUUUUCUGGAGACGUCGUUUGCUAGUGGAUGAAAUUGUGCGUAGUUUACGAAGCAUCAUUUGCUGGGUAGCUAUGUUA